CUCCUACCUUUACUACUAUCUGCCAUGUCCGUGCAGACGACAAUAAUCCCCCACUCCCAGCAGCCGCUUGUUACGCGUACUUAUCCCCUUGAGCAAGAGCUCGAUGGCUUCAUUAUCGCUGCCUCUAUGGCCCAGAAAGCAUGGUGCAAGGUUCCACUCAAGGAGAGAAUCGCGAUUGGGUACAAGUUCACCGAUGAAUUCAAAGCCCUGAGCGAAGAUCUCCCUAUGGAACUGACUCUGCAAAUGGGCAGGCCCGUAUCUCAAUGCGCCGGAGAGGUUCGCGGAUUCCUCGACCGCGCUAAUUACAUGUUAUCUGUCGCAGAGAGCGCACUCUCUGAUAUCAGUCUAGCCGACACAGACAAGCCUGGCUUCCGACGGUACAUCAAACGCGCUCCUCUGGGUGUCGUCCUUGUCGUCGCUCCUUGGAACUAUCCUUAUCUCGUCUCAAUCAACGCCGUUCUCCCCGCUAUUAUCGCUGGGAACGCUGUCAUCUUGAAACCAUCUCCUCAGACGCCUCUGACUGCUGAGCGUUUCGCACUUGCGUUGACUCGGGCAGGUGUUCCCAAAGAUAUCAUCCAAGUUGUGCACAUGUCGCCUGCGUUGACCUCUCAUGCCGUUCAGCAUCCUUCCGUAGACUUUGUUUCAUUCACCGGCAGUGUUGUAGGUGGACGGGCGGUUGAGGAAGCAGCCGUUACAGCGAAAGGUUUCAAAGGUGUUGGCUUGGAGCUUGGUGGAAAGGAUCCCGCCUACGUACGACCCGACGCAGAUCUAGAUUACACAAUCGCUGAACUGGUCGACGGGGCUCUGUUUAACUCUGGUCAAAGCUGCUGCUCCAUCGAAAGAAUCUACGUCCAUGAGGCAGUAUAUAAUACUUUUGUUGAAGGCUUUGUGAAACUCGUCAAGGGCUACAAACUGGGUGAUCCCACACUUCCUGAAACAAAUCUAGGUCCCGUCGUUUCCCUAGCUAGCGCUGAGAGAAUCCGCAAACAAGUUUCGGAUGCAGUGAAAGCUGGGGCGAAGGCGCUUAUACCGGAAGAAUUAUUUCCGAUGGCGAAAGCUGGAACUACGUAUGUUGCACCUCAGGUUCUAGUCGAUGUGAAUCACAGUAUGAACGUCAUGAUGGAGGAAACAUUUGGCCCAAUCAUCGGAAUACAGAAGGUCUCUUCUGAUGAGGAAGCUAUCAAGCUUAUGAACGAUUCUCCAUAUGGACUCACAGCAUCCGUGUGGAUGAAUGCAUCUGCUAAUCCAGCAUCCGAGGAGGCGUUCUCAAGGUUUGUUGAAGAAUUGGAGACUGGAACAGUCUUCCUGAACAGGUGUGACUUUUUGGACCCUGCACUGGCAUGGACUGGUAUAAAGGACAGUGGCAGAGGCGUCAGUCUCAGUAAAUUUGGAUAUGACCAGUUGACCCGGGCCAAGUCUGUACACAUGAAGAUCAAAACAUCAUAAUAGGCUGGAUUUUUGUAGGUAACGUAGAUGCUGCAGAGACAAUUGUAUAUAUGAAGAAAUCCAACAGCGUUCAAUGAAGAUUAUCACUAUCCUGG